CUCCUGCUCAGCCUCGGCCUCCUGGCCGGCCUGCUGCCGGCGCUGGCCGCCUGCCCCCAGAACUGCCACUGCCACGGCGACCUGCAGCACGUCAUCUGCGACAAGGUGGGCCUGCAGAAGAUCCCCAAGGUGUCCGAGAAGACCAAGCUGCUCAACCUCCAGCGCAACAACUUCCCCGUGCUGGCCGCCAACGCCUUCCGGGCCAUGCCCAACCUGGUGUCACUGCACCUGCAGCACUGCCAGAUCCGCGAGGUGGCGGCCGGCGCCUUCCGGGGCCUCAAGCAGCUCAUCUACCUGUACCUGUCCCACAACGACAUCCGCGUGCUGCGCGCCGGCGCCUUCGACGACCUGAGCGAGCUCACCUACCUCUACCUGGACCACAACAAGGUGACCGAGCUGCCCCGAGGGCUGCUGUCCCCGCUGGUCAACCUCUUCAUCCUGCAGCUCAACAACAACAAGAUCCGCGAGCUGCGCGCCGGCGCCUUCCAGGGCGCCAAGGACUUGCGCUGGCUCUACCUGUCGGAGAACGCGCUCAGCUCCCUGCAGCCCGGCGCCCUGGACGACGUGGAGAACCUGGCCAAGUUCCACCUGGACCGGAACCAGCUGUCCAGCUACCCCGCGGCGGCCCUGAGCAAGCUGCGCGUGGUGGAGGAGCUGAAGCUGUCCCACAACCCCCUGAGGAGCAUCCCCGAGGGCGCCUUCCAGUCGUUCGGCAGGUACCUGGAGAGCCUCUGGCUGGACAGCACCAACCUGGACAAGAUUUCCGACGGUGCCUUCCUGGGGGUGACCACGCUGAAAAACGUGCAUCUGGAGAACAACCGCCUGACCCAGCUGCCCUCCACCUUCCCCUUCGACCACCUGGAGACACUCACGCUCACCAACAACCCCUGGAAGUGUACCUGCCAGCUCCGGGGCCUCCGGAGGUGGCUGGAAGCCAAGACUUCGCGCCCCGAUGCGACUUGUGCCUCGCCUGCCAAGUUCAAGGGCCAGCACAUCCGUGACACGGACGCCUUCCGCAGCUGCAAGUUCCCCACUAAGAGGUCCAAGAAAGCCGGCCGCCAUUGAACAGGUCCUGAUCCAGCCAGUCCCGGUGACUGGUCUCUGCCUUCCGCUGGAGAAACUACUGACCACCCCACCUUCUUCCACAGCCUCUGCUGAUGCACAGAGCUGUCCACAUCUAGACGCGUCCUGGCUGGGGGGCUCAGAACUCCAGCGUGAACCCAGCCCCACCAUCUCUACCUGCCAGCGAGGGCUCCAUCACACCUGCCCCCCCCCCC